AUGACCUUGUUGAAGUUAAGGUCACCUUGGGUCACUCAGGGAAGUAGAACGUCCAAAGAACCUACUCCAGUUAUGCCUACUCUAGUUAUAGCUACUCCACGUAUACCUCCUCCAGUUAUACCUACUACAGUUAUGCCUAUUCUAGUUAUAGCUACUCCACGUAUGCCUACUCCAGUUAUGCCUAUUCUAGUUAUAGCUACUCCACGUAUACCUAUUCCAGUUAUAGCUACUCCAGUUAUGUCUACUCCAGUUAUAGCUUCUCCUCGUAUACCUACUCCAGUUAUGCCUACUCCAGUUAUAGCUUCUCCUCGUAUACCUACUCCAGUUAUGCCUACUCCAGUUAUAGCUUCUCCACGUAUAUCUACUCCAGUUAUAGCUACUCCAGUUAUGCCUACUCCAGUUAUAGCUUCUCGUAUACCUACUCCAGUUAUGCCUACUCUAGUUAUAGCUAAUCCUCAUAUACCUACUCCAGUUAUGCCUACUCUAGUUAUAGCUAAUCCUCAUAUACCUACUCCAGUUAUGCCUACUCCAAGUAUACAUACUUGA